AUGCCACUCAUAAAACCUCCGAUACGCCAGGCCAAUUUUCCUCGCCACCGAGAUUCGUCUCUCAACCUCGAGUCCGACACCACGGUCUGCUUCCUGGACACCUCUUCGAACGCUGUGUUGGGAAGAUUGGACAAGGCGAAGUCAAUGCUGACAAAAGUGACGUCGGAAAUGGCAACUGACGAGGGAGAGGCAUUGUUUGGUGGUCGCCAGCUACAAACAAGGAAGUUGGUCAUCAGAUAUGGACGCCGCCGAACAAGGGAGAAACGACGGCGCGGUGGAGAGGCUGCAACGAUGGACGUUUAG